CCGCCGCCGGCACAUAAUAAUUGAAAAUAAAUACCACAGUGUUCUCAGAGUACUCCUGGUCGUCACCGUCGGUGCUUGGGUCAAAAAAUGUAUUUAACACACUUGGCUGUUGAAAACUGUUUGCUGACCGGUUGAUAAAUCGAUGGAGCUACGGAUUCAUCGUUGAAUAUCCUUCAAGAUAGUCUCUCAGAUAGUCGCCCAGAGAGCUUUAAGGCUUUGUGUUAUUCAAAUUCAAUUCUUCCACAAUAAUUAAAAGAAUGGUAGAUCAAAAUAUGUUCGGCAACAAAUAUCCAGAAUUGUACACUUUUCUGAUGCAACUCCGAGAGAAAUGUUACUUCAAUUCAACAGUGGAAUCGGACAAAUCUUGUCCGAAAUCGUUCGACGGGUGGGCGUGCUGGGACGAGACGCUACCUGGCGCCACUGCGGUAGCGCCCUGUCCGUCUUAUGUGGUCGGAUUCGAUCCAUCAAGGUACGCAGUAAAGAAAUGUAUGCCCAAUGGCACUUGGUACAGGUCGCCGUCGACUGGAAAAUAUUGGGCGGAUUACACAGACUGUGUUAACACCGACGAUUUACAAUUCAGAAACCUGGUGAAUUCACUGUUCAUCUUUGGCUAUUCGAUUUCGUUGGCCGCUCUGGUCAUGUCGUUGCUGAUUUUCUUCACGUUCAAGACUUUACGAUGCACUAGGAUUGCCAUUCAUGUGCAUUUGUUCAUAUCGCUGGUGUUCACCAACGUGGCGUGGAUAAUAUGGUACAAGUUAGUCAUAUCAGACGUGACGGUGCUCCAGUCCAACGGGAUUUACUGUCGGAUACUGCACGUACUUUUGCAAUACUUUAUGGUGGCCAACUAUAUGUGGAUGUUCUGCGAAGGUCUUCAUCUGCACCUGGCUCUCGUGGUGGUCUUUGUCACCGACGUGUACGCCAUGCGAUGGUUCUACGCCAUUGGCUGGGGAUUUCCCAUUGUAGUUACAUCGGUGUAUGUCAUGUGGAGGAGCAGCACGCCUCAAGACACGUUACAGUGUUGGAUGGAAGAAAGCCGUUGCCAUUGGGCGCUGUCCAUACCGGUACUGACGUCGAUAUGCAUCAGCCUUCUGUUCUUGAUAAACGUCAUGAGAGUGUUGCUGACGAAAUUGCACAGAAACUCCAUCAACCCGGCACCGAUAGGCGUCCGGAAAGCUGUCAGGGCUGCCUUGAUACUGGUGCCACUGUUCGGUAUUCAUCACAUACUCAUCCCUUACCGUCCGCCGCACAAUACGACUUGGGAGAAGAUCUAUCAACUGUUUACCGUGGCUCUGGUGCCCACUCAGGGUCUAUGCGUGUCCGUACUGUUCUGUUUCGCCAACGUGGACGUGCACGGCGCUUUCCACAAGUACAUCAGGAGAAUCAAGAGGAGAGGCACAACGCACACAAACGUAACCGGCACAACGCAACCGGCUCAGUCGCAAAUAAGAGACGUGAUCGUCUGAACGUGCUGCCACUGUUGAUUUUUCCAUAUAUUUUAUUACCGUUAUGUACAUACUAUUAACUAUUAUAAAUAGGAACACCGUUGACCAGAGUUUGGUUUACAUUUCGACUACAGUUGAUCGGUUUGAACGCCUCGAACCGCACUGCCCGUCCUCUGGAACAAACAGCAGCAACGUUAAAACACUGAAUGGCCGGCCGGUGACUACUUAGGCGGUCGUGGGAGAAGUGGACACGAAGUUCACCUGAGUCUGGGCGUCGUCAGUGACCAAAAGCCUCGGGUGGUUGUGCGACGACGACGCGGUCAUCUUCAGGCACGGGUUCCACGACCCGUUCUUGUUUACCUUGCAGUACUUCCAUCUUUUCUUGAUUUCCGACAGCACCUGCGAAUACGGAUUAUUCCAUUCAAUAAAUAAACAUCUUAUAAAUCAUCCCUUAUCAGCUGAUUCUCUUAACAAUCACCGCUUAUCAGUUGAUUCCCUUAGCAAUCAUCUCUUAUCAGCUGAUUCUCUUAACAAUCAUCUCUUAUCAGCUGAUUCUCUUAACAAUCAUCUCUUAUCAGUUGCACAGAAAUCAUCGAUUUCCCAUUAUCACUAUUCCAUCUUCAUUCCCUCUCCUCGUGCUGUAAAAUUUCACCUGCUACUACAAAGUUUCGCGCACACUUAUCGACAUAUCUCUUCUUCCCUCUCCGUUUUCUUUGUGCCUCAAGAGCUUUACAAGUUUUCGACAGACCCACCAAAAUUACAUUUUUUCCAUUUAGCAGAAAAACAUUGUGUCACGAAUAUGCCUAAUUGAUUGUCUCUUAUUAAUGUGUUGAAACGUUCUUGAAUUAAAAUAUUAGCUCGAUCAUUUUCAUAUACAUUCGAAAAUACUCUUAUCAGUUGAUUCACUUGCCAAUAAUCUCUUCAAUCAGUUAUCCAGAGAUUAUGAAUUAUUACUAUUACUAUUGCAACCUAACCUACACCUCCAGGCUCCAUUCCUCCUUUCUUCUUAUUCUCUCCAUUCCUAUCAUCUUUCUAUACUAUCUCCUCUAUCUCCUCGUACAUCUCCAUCCCAUUCCCACUCGAACCAUCGGCGGCUGUGGAUCUCACCUCUCCGUUGCAAAAGCAAAACAACAGGGCGACGCAUAAGCCUUGAAACGACACGACCACGGCUGAGGUGACCUGGUAAACGGGUUCCCAGGACGUGCCGGGUUCAGGUCGGAAUGGCAUUAGCAUGUACUGGAGACCGAGCAGUGGAAUCAGGAUGAGCGUGGCCCUGACAGCCUUGCCGGUGCGACCCGUGCCCGUAUGGGUUUUCUCGAAGCUGUCCACGCUGGUGUUGUUCCUCUUGAAGCUAAGUCAAACAUAAGGUUAGCUUAACGACCCGACUGUCACUCGGUCUCGAAAAAAAAGUCAAUUUCAAAAGGUCGAGUGGUCCAAAAUUCGUUGGUUACCUGCGAAGACUAAACGUUUGUGCGCGUUCUCUGGACCCCACGUGCUUUGGGCUGGCCGUGGUUAUUUGUCUGGCGUGAAGUUUGAUCAACAAAAGUCGUACGAUGUUGAUGAGGAAGACGAAAUUGGUCAGCACUGACACGCACACCGGGCCCGAGAGUAUCCACAAGUACAACGAUUCGUGUAUCCAACAACUGGAAAAACAAACACAAUUGUCAUUUAUUUCCAAAAAAUUACCAACCCCAUUUUGUAAACAAAAUAUAUAUAUAUAUAUAUAUUAGAUGAGUGUAUUUAUAAAUUCUUUUUAUAUAUGCGAGUGCCAUUGUUUGUUUUUAACCUGUUGAUUUAUUAAAUCUUAGCUACGAUGCGGAGCCGAGAAAGUAUUGUAAUUGUAAUGAUGAUGUGUCUUUUUUUUUUUUUGUGGUGUAUGGACUCACAAUAUGUCUUAAAUAGCUGGACCGAUUUUUUCAUCAAGCAAGAUCAGAUCAGAAAUCCUACCCAAAAAAUACUAUACAAAGCCGAAAAUGGAAACCCUCGACCUGAUUAUUUUAAAAUUUGUGUGGAAUGUUCUGAAAGAAAGAAACCGUCUCCCCUACAAGGGGCUGAACAUUUUUGUGUAGUUAACUCUAUUAGGUUUUAAGUUUCAGCAUCUAAAAAUUAGCCAGUAAGUAGAUCUAGUAAGGUCCUAUAGCAUUUACAUUUUUUCUGUGGAAAUUUUGUUUUAAUAUUUGUAUAAAUUAAAUAUUAACUGACAACAUUAACGUAAGGCACGUUGUUUUCGCAAAAUAAUAGACAUUUGCAAACUUUCUACAUUUUUUUAUUAAUGUAUUUUUUUA